GUCGCAAAACUACAAAACAGUCGCAACUAUUCAGUUCCAUCCAGACCCCGGGCUAAACAGAUAGCGAUGAUCGACAGUAUCGGAGUAUCUGCUCUGACGUUAUCAGCCUCUUGUGAUAUAAUGAUCUCGAUAAAAUUCACCUCCUCCAUCCGUUUAGCUUAUUUCUGCCGCGGAUCGCUCAGGGGUGCAUUGCGGUCGAAAUGAAGUUAGCCUUAAGACUAGUCCUGUGCGCUCUGGCGGCAGCCAGCGCCUCCGCUCUCUCAAUCUCCUUGAGACAAGAUCCGGAGACACUAUGCGCGGGACAGGAGAACUUCCUACGCAUAGCCAGCACCGAAGGCUGCAGCGCGUACUACCAAUGCUACGCCGGCCGAGCUUACCUGAUGGAAUGCCCCAGCGAAUCCUGGUUCAACGAAAUGGAACAGGUGUGUGAUUGGAGAGACGCACCAGCAAGUUGCCGGGGCGACCCGGAACCGGAGCCAGAACCAGAACCUCAACCAGAACCUGAACCAGAACCUCAACCAGAACCAGAGCCAGAACCUCAACCAGAACCUACUGAGCCUGAACUAGAACCCGAACAAGAAAAUGAGCCAGAAUCUGAAGACAAUGUGGAAGAACCAGGCUCUGGUGAAGAUUGGGAAGUGGAUGCUAUCAUCAAAUUCUUGAAGGCAAGAUUACAAGACGACACUGAAGAAGAACUGAUCGAAGAAAUAGAGGAGGAACUCGCCGAAGAUGAACAUCGUCACCAACAUCACGGCCAUGACAACGAUCACCACCAUCAUCACGGCCACGAUCAAGAAAUAGAGGAGCGACACGACGAGGACGGCCACGACCAUGAGCACGAUCACGACCACGUCGACCACGACCACGAGCACGAUGACGACCACGAUCACGACCAUGACCACUCCCGAGAUCAAAAUGAUGACCUUCACGAUCAUGACCACGAUCAUGACCACGAUCAUGACCACGAUGACAACCACGAUCACGACCACGACCAUGAUCAUGACCAUAAGCACGAUGGUGAAAAAGACUAUGAACGCAACCACGCACUUAGAUUCCAGGAAGAGCUUGACGAAGAAUCUGAACAAGAAGAACUAGAGACCUUAAUGCGUGCUCAAGAGGAAACUGAGGAUGUCAACGGUGAGGAACUACAAGAAGAAAGUCGCAAAAAACGACAGGAAGAAAUCGAUGAGGACGUUGAUGAAGAAGAAGCCCUAAAGAGGCAGGAAGAUGUGGAAGAUGAAGAAGAAGACGAGGAAGCUCUAAAGAGGCAAGAAGAAGUGGAGAAUGAAGAAAACGAGGAAGAUCAGGAAGAAUCCCGCAAAAAACGGUCAGCGCAAGAGGAAACCGAAGACGUUGAAGAUGAGGAAGCUUUAAAAAGGCAAGAAGAAGUAGAAGAAAAUGAAGAAGUUGAAGAAGGGGAAGACUUGAAAAGGCAAGAAGAAGUAGAAGGUGAACACGAGGCUGACGAUGAGGUAGAAAGUCGCUCAGCGCGGUCAGCACAAGAGGAAACAGAAAAUGAAGAAGUUGAAGAAGAGGAAGACUUGAAAAGGCAAGAAGAAGUAGAAGGUGAAGACGAGGCUGACGAUGAGGUAGAAAGUCGCUCAGCGCGGUCAGCACAAGAGGAAACAGAAAAUGAAGAAGUUGAAGAAGGGGAAGACUUGAAAAGGCAAGAAGAAGUAGAAGGUGAACACGAGGCUGACGAUGAGGUAGAAAGUCGCUCAGCGCGGUCAGCACAAGAGGAAACAGGAAAUGAAGAAGUUGAAGAAGAGGAAGACUUGAAAAGGCAAGAAGAAGUAGAAGGUGAAGACGAGGCUGACGACGAGGUAGAAAGUCGCAGAGCGCGGUCAGCACAAGAGGAAACAGAAAAUGAAGAAGUUGAAGAGGAAGAAGACUUGAAAAGGCAAGAAGAAGUAGAAGGUGAAGAUGAGGCUGACGAUGAGGUAGAAAGUCGCUCAGCGCGGUCAGCACAAGAGGAAACAGAAAAUGAAGAAGUUGAAGAAGAGGAAGACUUGAAAAGGCAAGAAGAAGUAGAAGGUGAAGCCGAGGCUGACGAUGAGGAAGACUUGAAAAGGCAAGAAGAAGUAGAAGGUGAAGCCGAGGCUGACGAUGAGGUAGAAAGUGGCUCAGCGCGGUCAGCACAAGAGGAAACAGAAAAUGAAGAAGUUGAAGAAGAGGAAGACUUGAAAAGGCAAGAAGAAGUAGAAGGUGAACACGAGGCUGACGACGAAGUAGAAAGUCGCAGAGCGCGGUCAGCACAAGAGGAAACAGAAAAUGAAGAAGUUGAAGAAGAGGAAGACUUGAAAAGGCAAGAAGAAGUAGAAGGUGAAGAUGAGGCUGACGAUGAGGUAGAAAGUCGGAAAGCGCGGUCAGCACAAGAGGAAACAGAAAAUGAAGAAGUUGAAGAAGAGGAUGACUUGAAAAGGCAAGAAGAUGUAGAUGAUGAAGCUGAAGAGGAUGAAGAAGCUCUAAAGAGGCAAGAAGAGGUCGAACACGAUAUCGAAGAUCUGGAAGAAAAUCGCAAGAAGCGGUCAGCGCAAGAGGAAGCAGAAGAUGAACAAGUGGAGGAUGAGGAAGACUUGAAGAGACAAGAAGACGAAGAUGUAGAAGAGACUGAAGACCAGGAAGAAAGCCGCAAGAAGCGGUCUAUCCUACAAUACGACUACGACGAACAAGACGAAGAAUGGCAGAGGGCACAAGAAGAAGCUAAUAUCCUCGAAAGCGACGAAGAUGAGGAAAUCAAAAGGCAAGAAGAAGUAAUAGAAGAGAAUGGGGAUUCAGAAGAAUCUGAGGAAGGUUUCUUCCAGCGGUUCUUCUUUUAGUUUCCUGGCUUUAU